UUAUACUACAAAUUGACUUUACAAAGCCAUGCACAUUGCAAAAUGUACGAACAUAUUCCCCACACACAUACCACAUUCAAAUCCCAAGCCCGCCAACUCUGUCUCUCUUUCUCUGUAUAAACUCUUCCUACUUUUAUGCUUUUUCUUUUUCCUGUCAUCCAAACAAAUUUCAAAUCUCUCCCUCUCUUUCUUCCUCAGCCUUUUUGUUUUUUUAAGCUUCCACAGUUGUAAUUUUCUUCCUCUACCUUUAUCAUUUUCUUUUUUCUAACUACUUGAAAGUUGAAAUUGCAGUGACCCCAUUAUCAAUAUUGUCUUUCACAAUCAUUUUCCUUUUGUUAUUGCUCAAAUUAUUAUAACUUUGAGCAUGAAGUUAUCUUCUUCUUCUUCUUCUUCUUCUUUUUCUUUUUCUCGGUCUUCUUCUUCUGCUUCUUUUGAUGUAAAAAUGUGCGGCAAUUCAAAAAGUGCAAGUGCUGGUUGCCUCGCUGGAAUACUGCGCAGAAUUCUCUGUUCCGGUAGUCUUCCCACAUACCCUUCUGAUCAGAUUACAGAGGAAACCAAGUGCGUGCAAUUUUCCGAGCUUCAAGAUUUCAAACCUAAAGAGAAAAUUCAGACCCCUUCAACUCCAGGACUAGUGGCAAGGUUGAUGGGUUUGGAUUCCAUGCCGGAUUUGGAUACUGGUUCGAUUCCGAAUUCGGUUUCGCGUAGCCGAUCCAUGAAUUCUGUGGAUCGCUUGGUGGGUUGUGAACAAAUACAGGGAAAGAAUCAUCGGCGGGUCAAAUCGACUUUGUCUUUCAGGGAAAUUCCCACCUUUGUUGAGCUUGAAAAUGAGGAAUUUUUCAUACUUAGAUUCGAGAAUGGUAAUGGAGGGAAGGAAAUGAGAUCGAAAGAUAGGAAAUGCGGGGAGGGUUUUGGAGAAUUGAAGCAGAGGAAAACAGAGAGAAGCAAAAACAUGGGGAAUAGAAGAGAGAAAGUAGUGGUUGCCAGGACGAAGACGACGACGACGAAGAAAGAAGAUGAACAUGGAGAGAAAAGAAAGGUUCUGAGCGAUUUGAAUGGGAAGGAAAUGGUGAGGAAGAGAAUCUCUGAUAAACCCUGUGUGAUUCUUGGCAACAACAAUGGCAGAGUGAGAGUCGGAGAUUCAACAAGAAAUUCUACUCCCAAAAAAAGUACAUGUGAAAAAAAGAGUGCUGCUAAAGAAGCAAUUACAAGGUCUCGGAAACCCACGAACAAAGAUCAAGCCAUUAAUGGUGGAGAAUCAAGUACCAAGAAGAAGAACAUGAUGACAAUGACGGAUUUUAAUGCACUUGAUAACGUUUUAGAAACCGAGUGCAACUCGGAAGAUUCAAGCCCGGUCUCUGUUCUUGAUUGUUGCAAAUUCCUUGUUGAUCCCGAAGUUCCCAUAUCAGAGGAGGAUUUUCUCUCGCCCAUUUCGAACCCAAGAAGGAAAUUGUCUUCAGAAAUUGAAAAAGAAGAUCAACCACGUUCAAGAAAAGAUGAUAAUCUAAUCCAUGAAGAAGGAAAACUACAAGGAAAUGAAGGCAAAAAAUGUGGGUCCUCACAGAUGUGGGAAGAGGUUUGCAGACUGACUGAGGCAGAACUGUUUGGUUCAAAUUGGUUGCAAAGAGGGGUUUGGAAAUACGAAAAUUUUGAAGGGAUUGAUGCAAAUUUUGAGUCACACAUUCUGAAUCAAUUGUUAGAGGAGGUGGUAGAUCAAAUUUUCUGGGAAAACCCAUGAAUAAUUUGAAACUCUUUCUUUCUUUCUUUUUUUCUUUUUUUUGUGUAAAAAAUUAUAAAAUUACAGAUAAAUUGACUUCACAGCCAAAUAUGUAAUCUAGAUUCCUGUUUGCUCUGUAUUUGUUUCAGUUUAGCUUCCUGAGUGAGAGUCAAGAGAGUACAGAUAAGCUCGGUCCUUUUUUGUCUUUUUACUUUUUGUAUUUUUAUGAUAAUUAUCAUUUCAAGCAAGAAAAAUAAAUAUUUACAAAAAAAAAAAAAAAAAAAGAAAGAAAGGCAAGAAAAAUAUAUUUAAUUCAAACUGUAAUCUUAGACUUGUACAAUUCCUAUCUUUUCUGGAAAAAGAUAUAUUAUAUUUUAAGCAAAAUUGUUUACCAUUUUAAGAAACUAUUAAUUAAAAAAAUAAAUGAAGGUGUUUGAACAUUCAAAACUCCAAAAGAAACAUCAUUUCAAAAUAAAUAAAGGCCUACAUCAUAGAGAGAUUGAAAGGAAACACUAGAGAAUAAAUACGUUGAAAAGUCACCACCAAAACAUCUCCACUAAUUAAGAUAAAAAAAAAAUAAAAAAUAAAAAGUCUCCAUUAAUUUGCUUAUGAGAUGAUGGUGGAAAAAUACUUGGAUAAAAAAAGAGAAGGAAAAUGAAAUAAAAUCUCUUUUCUGACUUUUGUCUCCAAUAGUUUUUCUUUUUUGGAGUUUUUGUGGAAACUUGCUAAUUCAACAGUAUAACAUGGUAACUUUCUUACUAUAUACUGGGCAAGAAUUUUCUUCUAGUUGACAAAAUAAUUUUUUAUUUGGUAUGAAGUUUCAAAAGAUACACGUCAUAGAUCCAAUUAAAGAACUGUUAUCAUAAUAAAUAAAAACUUGUCAAGUGAGGUGACCUCCAAGCCACUCUCACGUACAAAUACCAAUAGGAGAUUGUUGUUCAUAAGGGAAUUAUUGUAAAAUUAUCAAAUAAAUAAAUAAAAAUUCCUUCCCUUACCUACAAAAAUUCAACCGCCAAGGCUUGUUACAACCAAAGGCAAACUCUCAUUUAAAAAACAUAAUCAAGAUUAUUAUAUCAGAUAACCUAAUCUUCUUCUUUAAAAUUUAUACAAAAAAGCUAAGGCCAAACAGAUGAUAAUCUUAAUGACUCAAAAACUAGAAGAAUUAUAUCCUAUCAAAAACUUUAUCCAGUAACCAACUGUACCGAGCUCAGCCUUUAUCAUUAUAUAUUUGUGUGAUGAUCAAUAAUCAAUAAUCAAUGAUCAAUAAUAACGUGCAACAUCUAAAGUCUAUUUAUCACCAUAUAAGAGCAAUGUAUAAAAGUUUUUCACAGAUUGAGACAAUCAAGAACAGGACAAGCUCGGUGCUUGGGUUACAGACGCUCCUUUCUUUCUGUGGUGCUCAUGCCGCUAACAAUCACACAACAAAAAGAAAAGUUUGAUUUAAAGAUCCAACAAGUUAAUGCAGUCCUGCUUUCCUUUUUUUUCAAUGGAAUCUCUCCCAAUAGAAGAAAAUCAUAGAACCAAUGAAUGAAAUCCUGCCUUUUGCUGCUUUGCAUAGACCGAAAGUUUAAAUACGGAAAUUCUGUAAAGAAGUUUAUACGUAAAGAUGGAAAAAGGUUAAAGAGAGAACAAACCAAGAAAGGUCUAAAAAGUUUCUAUCCACUACCUUGGAUCUAUAAAAGUGUUGAUGAGGAACUUUACAAAAGCUAGAAAAUACCAAACUCAAAGAUUAAAUGAGCAAGAGAAUCAUCCAGAAAUGAAAAGAAGAUAAUAAUUUCAUUGUUCAUUUUAUUAAUACAAUGGCAAUCAGUUCAUCAGAGCAUAAAAAUGGACUUAUCGAAAUAAAUAAAUAUGAUUAAUUGAUAUAUAUUGUAUAUGAACAACCAACAAAAUGGAAAACAAAUAAGUUGGUACACCUCCAAUUUUGACUUAGCAAAUGGAAAUUGGAGAACUAUAACAUAAUAAUCAACAUCUCAGGCUCCAUUCGUAAGAAGACCAUCUCCGGCAUCAGUCUUUACUAGCAAUGCGAAUUAAGAACUCCAACGAAUACGAAGACCAAAUUCAAAGAGAGAGAAAAAAAUAUAUAUAUAUAUUAACUAAAGCCUAUUAUUCUUAUGAACCUAAGUAACAGAAUGAGCAGAAACCUUUUCUCCUGCCCAACUUCCUCUAUUUUGUUUUCCCCCUCACUAGGACUUUCCUUCUUUUUUUUUUUUUUUUUUUUUUUCCUCCUUCCCUCCAUUUCUUCAACCUAAAUAUGAUGAAUAUCAAUAAAAAUUCAAAAAAUGG